AUGGAACUGGAAUCAUUUGGAAUAUUCAGAACAGUGAUUUUGAUGUCAUUUCUUGGGCUAACAGAUACCUCGUCAAGGUCACAACUAUUCCAGGACGUAAUCACGAAAAUUGAUCCGGACAUUGCUCCAUUCGAAUCUGCGGAAACCCAAACCGAUGUAACGGUAACAUUAAAUCUGAUGGGGAUUUCAGAAGUGAACGAAAAACAGCAAACUGUACAAGGAUCAUAUUGGGUGGGGCUUACAUGGACGGACUGGCGCCUUAGAUGGGACCCCAGCUCCUAUCUGAAUAUCAGCUCCGUUCAAGUUAAUGCUAGUAAUAUCUGGUCGCCGACUUCCGUUUGUAUUUUUAAUGAAUUAGGAAACGAUAAAUGUUUCAAUGCCGAUAAAGAUCCAGUUACUGUUCAUUCAUUUGGAUACGUUUCUUACAUGAAAUAUAUGGAGAGUGUGUCCCAGUGUACAAUAGAUGUCACUAAGUAUCCUUUUGAUUCACACUACUGUGGUCUUUAUUUCGGCAAUAUUAAUCCCGACGCUGAGUUCAUCAACUUUGAAUCAAAGUAUUCCAGCUUCCUUCUCCAGUAUCUUCUACCAAAUGAAGUUUGGAACGUCAGGAACACUUCACUUUUAAUAAACGAAUAUGAAGAUUCUCUGACCAAACGGAGUGAGAGACAAUUACAUUUUAACAUUCUUUUAGAAAGAAAGUCGCUUUAUGUUGUAAUUUCGACAUUGCUACCAGUAAUUAUUUUAUCCGUGCUAAAUUUGUUUAGCUUCGUGGUACCCAUUGACUCCGGAGAAAAGAUGGGAUUCUGUAUGGCUAUAUUCCUGACUUUUGCCGUGUGCCUGACCAUGAUAACCGACUCCAUGCCGAAAUCCUCAGAAAAAGUUCCCUUUUUCACAAUAUAUUUGAUAACUCAACUCGUCAUCAGUGGUCUGACCGUCGUUUUCGAAGCCUUCUUGUUGCUCGUCCACUUCCAUUUUUCCAAAGCUAAAGAAAAAACACCAAGGAAAGAAAAAGAGGGAAGAUCAUUAAUGUAA